AUGUCUUCCAUCAACAUCGUCAAGUAUUACUUCCACGCUCAGCAAAUCCCCAGAAGCGAGGCCAGGAUGCGCCAACUUGUCGCGCUGGCGUAUCAGACAGCGCGUGACAAGCAGCUUUAUCCCAAAGCAGUCUUUGUUCGAAGCGAAGUUCACUCAACGACGACCAUCAAUGGGAGGCGACAAAAGGAUCCAAGGGGGGAUCACGUCACUUUCAGCUACAAGACGCAGGACCAUUUGGGUCGCGAGACUCACGUUGCCUGCCAUGGCUAUGUCAAGGACCCCCUUUCGCUAGAAUUCAAGGAGGCGACCCAUGCGGCAGAGAAGCCUGAUUCCAUCCUCAAACGCAACAACAAGCCGGUUUGGCCGAAUGACGAGGAUCUUUGGGAGGCCCCCGAUGUAGGUUAUGGACACAUGUCAUGA